AUGGGUGUAAAUCAUGUGUUCCCUGAAAAUCGGUGGUUCCCUGGCUCACCCGUCAGUUCGGAGCAGUUAACUAGAAGUUCAACUUACCUAGGCAGCGACAGCGAUGCCUUGGCCCCAGGUCUCAUUCGAUACACCUUCACUUUCCCACCGCGUUGGGCAGUAACCCCGACACCGAUUUCGGGUGGAUACGAGGCUCUUCGGAGCCAAGACUUGAUGUAUGUGGGAAUUGUUGGCUUCCGCAGAAACCGUGAUGCGCACGGUGGACUACGAGCAUCUUCUCACCUCAAUCGCCGCUGA